AAGCUGCUACAGCCGUUUACAAGCUCCAACAGACCUAGAUCUUUCCUUUUCUCACAUGCGCACGGGGACCGUUGUUGCAGCAGCCAACCAGCCAGCGUGGUGAUCUGUAAAUAUAUCGCGCGGCGCAGCAAAGUGCCAUGUGUACCGCUUACCUACUUCAAACCGCGUGGUCACCGUUGAUCGUCGUCGUUGUCGUUGUUGUUGUCGUUCCAACAAGGAAGGGGCGUCCAAAUCAACAAAAAGAAAGAGACUCAUCAAUAGCGAUCACUAGUCUGGUAAAAUCUUUUGCAGCGUUCAGUUCAUCCCCAAAACCCGCCACGGGAGUGAGUGAGAGAUCCCAUCUUCUUGAAAACGUUUGGACACCAUGUGUAAAUCACUCGUCCUAGUAGCUCUGCUGAUCUACGGCGUCCAUGCCGCUAACGACGAGGAUUACUAUGAUUUCACCUGCCCCCGGGAAAACGGACAGUACGAGGAUCCUUACCAGUGUGAUAAAUACUACGAGUGUCAGGAUGGCCGGGUAACGGAAAAACUGUGCCCGGAUGGAUUGGUGUUCGAUCCUACCAGUAAACUACCGAGCAAAUGCGAUCAACCCUUCAACGUGGAUUGUGGGCAGCGGAAAGAACUACAGGAACCAAGACCGGUCGGAGCCUGCCCACGACAGAAUGGAUUCUUCUCCCAUCCGGACUCGUCGAUCUGCAAUGUGUUCUACAACUGCGUCAGCGGGCGGGAACUUGAGAUGACAUGCGUAGCCGGUCUCCACUUCUACCCUGAAACCGGCACCUGCGUUUGGCCGGAUAUGGCCAAUCGCGUCGGCUGUGGAAGCAAUGCUAACAAAAAACUAGCGGACGGCUUCCAGUGUCCCAAGGAUUACCCCAAAGCAGAUAAGAACGGUCAAAGUAUCACUCAUCCCAACUUCCCACACCCGGAGGACUGUUCCAAGUUCUACAUCUGCCUGAACGGCAUCGAACCCCGACAGGGCAACUGUGACCCCGGUCUGGUGUACAAUGAGGACCUCCAACGGUGCGACGAGCCGGAGAACGUUCCCGGAUGCGAGGAUUGGUACGCCCCAGUCGAAAAAGCGACGGACAACUAGACAUGGUGUCUUCAAUUUUGCGAAGAUUAGUCUAUAUACGAGAUAACACCGUAGAACCGUAAGGAUUUAUAAGUUUUAUAAACUAAAAAUCAGUCAUUUGUACCUUCGUUUUGAUCAGAGAUUUAUUUACAAAUAUAUGUUAAGAAAUUUGUUAAUUUAAA